GAGCGGUGAAUCAAAAACUCAAUUUUAACUUGAUAAUUUGUUAUAUAAGAGGUCAUCAUACUUAAAUGAACAUCCUGCAAGUUUCAGAACUGAAAACGUCCGUGUUACUGAAAUAUAACCGUUUUUGGCACCAAGCCAGCCAAACACGCCAGUGAGGAAUUCGGAAAUCAAUGACGUCAAAGUAGAAUUGAAACACCUCCCCAUAACCAAAAGGACACGUCUACUUUUGUAGCCCCGCCCACAGCUUCGCUUGUACGGAAGUAACACACGAGACGAAUCACCACCAGACCUUACACAGCGUCUACUCUGAAAACAUGCCUUUAAAAAUCGCCAAAGUUUGUGCCGUACCUGGCUGUGGGAGAACACAGUCGCUGCAUAGCCUUCCUUCGGAGCCUAACAUUCGAAAAGAGUGGUUAAAGUUCGUUUAUAACGAAGUUCCAGCUCGCGUGGGGAAGAGUUUUAGUGUUUGUUCACUGCAUUUCUCGCCUGAAUCCUUUGUAAACAAGACACAGGUCGACUCUGGAUUUGCAACGAGACUGAGAUUGAUAAACAAUGCUGUUCCAACUAUAUUGGAUCCUACAGAAACAGCGCAUCAAUCUAAUGUCCCAACAAAGCAGGAUGUAGCUUGUCAAACAGACACACCGAAAUGCACAUCUCACUCAACACAGCUGUCGUUUGGAACAUUGGGUCCUAAAUUCAGAAGCAAAGGAACACAAUCCGAGGCUGCAGUCAAAAGUGUUGGUGUUUCAACCACUACAUCUGCUGAAACUUUCCAACCUUUUGUUUUGCCACAUUUCACCUCAACACCAUUGAAGGAUUUAAGGCCAACAAAAAGAGCGCGCCUUGAACUGGAAGGGGAGGAAACUGAUUCAUUUGAGGUCACUGAUCAGCAUGACACAACAUACGAGCCUGUAGAGUCGGUCACCACUGUCACAGAGUCAUCACAACUUCAAUGUACAUCAACGCAGGAGGAUGCAAAAUACAUUGUAUUUGAAAACUGCCUCCUGCAACUCUUUGAUACCUGCCCAGUGUGCUCGAGGCGCUGUAAUGUUUGGCCACGAAGAAAAGGGACUUUUGUUGCAAUAGAUCAGCUAUGUCCACACUGUCAAUACUUCCGUCAAUGGAAAAGCCAACCUGUUGUUGGGAGCACACCUUUGGGCAACCUCCAGUUAUCUGCUGCAAUAUAUUUCACAGGUGGAUCGUUCUUCCAAUUACAAAAGAUAUUCCAAACAAUGCGUGUCAGGAGCAUUACCCACAGAACCUUCCGGAAGCAUGCCAGUAUGUAUCUUGAACCAGCAAUAAUCUACACAUGGAAGAAGGAACAAGAAGAAGUGUUGCAGGAGCUAAGCCAGGGUGACAAAGUUAUUGUGGGUGGUGACAUGAGAGCAGACUCACCAGGCCAUUCAGCAAAGUACGGCAGCUACACUGUUAUGGACCUAAAGAACAAUAUCAUAUUGGAUAUGCAGCUGGUCCAAAGCAAUGAGGUUGGUGGUAGCUACCACAUGGAAAAGGAGGGACUGAAAAGAAGUCUGGAAUUUCUGGAGGCACGUGGUGUGAAGAUUGACUGUAUUGUUACCGAUCGUCAUACACAGAUCCAGAAAUUCUUGAGGGACCGUAAAGUGACGCAGUUCUAUGACGUCUGGCACCUGGAAAAAGGUUUGUCAAAAAAGUUGGAAGUAAUCGCCAAAGACAAAGACUGUCAAGUGGUGAAAAAGUGGCAGCGGAGCAUAAGAAAUCAUGUCUAUUGGACAGCAGCUUCUUCCAAAACAGCUGAGGAGAGAGUAGCGAAAUGGUUGUCUAUGGUUAACCACAUUCAAGGUCCAUGA